AGUCAGCAUUAAAAAAACUUUGUAUUUUCAUUCAUUCAGCAUUCAUUCAGCAUUGUUGUGUUUCACAGCCCGUAUUUAUAACACUGUCACACUAAUGUCAAUUCUCUGCUGUUUGGCCUACCAAUUCUCAACAAUUCAUCCCAUGUGUUUGGGCUAAAUCUUAAACAGCACAGGCUUCUAAGCUCAGUUUUUCACGAUGUUUCACACUGCUCUGAGUACUUCAUUAUGGAUGGGUGACCUGGAUGAAGAUUUGGAUGAGCAGUCAAUCAUCAAUGCCUUCGCACAGUUUGGAGAAGCUGUGGUUACUGUAAAACUGGUCAAGAAAAACAAAAGCGGGUCAAGUUCCAACUCAAAGCCAAGUAAUUACUGCUUUGUGGAGCUGAGCGAUGUGGACACAGCACAGAGGGUAUUGCACAGGCUGAACGGAAAGUACAUCCCAGGACAUUCUGGGAAACGCUUCAAGCUAAAUCCUGCCAGCUAUGGACGAGAACAUGAACUUUUGCCGGAGUUUUCGUUGUAUGUUGGUGACCUGUCCUGGGAUAUUGACGACUACGAACUGUUCGCUUUCUUCCAGAAGAGGUACAAGUCUGUGCGAGGGGCCAAAGUUGUGAAUGAUCAGGCUGGGAAGAGCAAAGGCUACGGUUUUAUUCGCUUCUCGGAGGAAAUGGAUCAACAGAGAGCUCUCAUAGAGAUGCAGCAUAUGACUGGCCUUGGCCGCAGGCCCAUCAAAGUCAGUUUAGCAUCGAUCAAAAGACCAACAGACAUCUCCCACUCUGCCCCCCCACCCCCGCAGCCAGCCGCCGCCCCCUCGGGCUCGUACUUCGCCGGCCACUACUCCUGGGGCGGCUACAGCUACCCCUACAACCAGCCCUACUCCCAGCCCACGGCUGGCGGACACGCUCCCGAUCACACAGCAGUCCAAGGAUACCAAGACAGUGUUCAGAACCCCGCCACUCCUUCAGCCGAAGAUGAUUCCGAAGUCUUAGAAGACCCUUGUUUGGAAAUUAAUGUUGGCAAAGAAAACAGAGAAUUUAUUGAUUCGAGUGAGUCUUUCUUUCAAGCACUGGAAAAUUCAAGAUGGCAGCCAUUGGACAAUAUCAUGUCUGAAAUCCCCAGCUGAAAUCCUGAAAAUCCAUUCCUUGUUGUAUUAAUGUAUUUCAUUUGUUGAUGUAUUGAGGAAAAGUUUGUCGCUUCUGAUUUGUUCUCACUACAUCUUCAUGACCUUCGCUCCCAUAUGUUUAUAAACCUCAUUAAACACAAUCAUAACUAAA